AUGGCGUAUUUUCUUAUCGGUGGUUCUAUUACACUAACCCUAGUUGUGAUCUUCAUAUCUACUCUAGUAUAUUAUAUAUAUUAUUUCUUGAAAAAUAAUGCCAGUCGUCGAUUCGGAAUACCUGCUCCAACACCCAUACCGCUAUUCGGUGAACUUUUUCACAUUAUCUUUAAGGGUUUGUAUCAGCACGACAUGGAUCUCGUUCGAAAAUAUGGCAAACUCGUUGGGAUAUACGAAGGACCAAAGUAUACGAUAUUGUUAAGUGAUCCAGAACUUCUUCGUAAAGUUCUGAUCAAAGAUUCUCAUGUGUUCAUGAAUCGACGAUCCGUUGAAGGCGUUCUGGGCCCGUUCGAUCAUGGUCUUACCCAAUUGAAAGAUGAACAUUGGAAAAACGCGCGCGCUAUUGUUUCACCAACAUUCUCAUCAGCGAAACUCAAAGCAAUGUACGGCCUAAUGAGUGAAGUGAGUGAUAUGUACAAUACACGUUUGCUUGAUUUGGCCGAUAAACAAGAAAUGUUUAACAUCAAAGAGCUUACACAAGAAUUCACACUUGACUCGAUUGGCUCGUGUUUAUUCGGCGUUGAAAUCAAUUCCUUACAAAACGAAAAUGGAGCUCUGGUUAAACAUCUCAAACAAAUCUUUGGAUUGAGUUUAGCUAAUCUCAUGGUCAUCAUUUUCUUGAUUUCGCCACGUUUCGCUCGGUAUUUGGGUGCAAAAGGUUAUUCGAUAUUGCCAAAAGACACGGUGGACUAUUUAACUCGAUUAUUGAAUCAAAUAUUAGAUCGUCGCCGACAACAUGUUGAACGACGGAACGAUUUCAUUCAAAUUAUGGUUGAUCAUGAAGAGGAAAUGGAACAUAACGAACAACAAGCGGGCACAUUGACAAAAACUUUGAAUGAUAAAGAAAUCCUCGGGCAAGCACUGAUCUUUUUACUUGCUGGAUAUGAAACCACAAGUAUACUGAUGUCAUUCUUCUUCUAUGUCAUGGCGACAGAACCAGAAGUUCAAGAACGAGUUUACAAUGAAAUUCAACAAGAGAUUGGCGACAAUGAGAUUACGUAUGAAAAGUUGAAUGAACUACACUAUUUGGACAUGGCGGUUAGUGAAACACUUCGUAUGUACCCACCAGUUAUUAGAUUUGAUCGUGUUGCUGGCGCUGAUUAUAAACUAGGUGAUUAUCAAGUAUUGAAGGAUACUCUUAUCAAUAUUCCAGUUUAUGCAAUUCAUCAUGAUCCAACGGUUUAUCCUGAUCCAGAAAAGUUCAUGCCUGAAAGAUUUUCUGUCAAUGAGAGAUCUAAGCGGGAUCCUCUGACUUAUCUUCCAUUUGGUGAUGGUCCUCGGAACUGUAUUGGCAUGCGGUUUGCCUUAUUGGAAGCGAAACUUGCAAUAGCGAAAGCACUGCGUGUCGUUGAAAUUCAACGAUGUGAGAAAACACAGGUUCCGCUAAAACUCAACAAAUUGAAAACAUUGGCUCCGAAAGAAGGUAUCUGGCUAUGUGUAACUCGUCGAUCACAAUAA